UAGUGGAAGGGUUUUUUAAUCAUGAGUGAUGGAAUUAUUGACUAACACUAAACCAGCAUAACUGAAAGUCCUAACCUCAUCCGUGGAUAACUUUAAAUCCUCCAUGGUCCAUGAUUGUUUAUUUGAUAUUUAUAAUAAGAAUGCACGUUAACAAAAAUGUAGUUUUGAACAAUUUUAAGCAAGAUGUGCAUAAUACACGAAUCGAAGCCAAUAAGUUGGGCCUGCUCGAUAACGAAAUAAACGAUGUUUUCGAAAAACUCUUUAAAGAAUUGGACAAUGCCCCAAAAAAAAUAACUAUUGCAAAAACUGCGAUACGUGUGGUUUUGUUCUUCGCUUGUUUUUUUACUUUUCUGUAUAUUUUAUUGAAUGUGCAUCAACCUACAUCUAGUAUAGUACUACGUAAUGUACAAGGGCUCACUUAUCCUACCUUAAAAAGGGUCAGGUCUUUAUCUGUACCUAUCAUAAAAAUAUUGGAUUCAUUAACGGAUUGGUACGAUGAGAGUUGUCUAAUUGAAAAUCCUUAUUUCAAUUUAGCAAAUAUGGAGUGCUGGCCAUGCCAAAAUAUGCAUGGAGUCAUUAAUCUAACUGGUGCUAACCAAAUUAAUUACAAAAAGUUAGAAGAAGGAACAAUUGCAAUUGCCAAGACAAAGCAGAACUCAGUGAACAUAGAGAACUUGAAUACAUUUUAUCACCAUUAUUCUAAGGAUAACUUAGAUUUAAGAAGAAUAAACACAAAUCGACCUGAAAUCAACACCAUUCAAGCUUUAAUGAAUUAUAAUAAUUCUGAUCUGUCUGAUGAUAUACUCCUGCAGUGGCGUAUCAACAAAAUGUCGACAAGUCGGGUUAUCAGAAAACUGUUUCCAAGACCUGCUUUUAUACCCGAGAGAUCUGGCCAGAGUGUCGAAAGAUUCUUAGUCAUUGCAGGAUUCAGAUCGAAACCGUUCACAUUACCAAAUACAGAGUGUAAUUUUGUCUUAAUGAUUCAAGGAUCAGGAGAAAGGACUGUCAUAUUUCAGCCAUCCCCUGAAUGUAGCAGCAAAUGUAAAAGGAUUUCAGUAGUCUUGAAACCUUCUUAUGCCCUGCUGUAUAAUUGGUGGUAUUGGAAGCCAAUUUAUAUGCCUACAGGAAACUCGACUGAGCCAUCAAUAACCUACAUCAGUUCUUACUGUUAAUUUUUUAUGAUUUAGUUUAAGGAAUUUUAUAUAGAUUUAUAUAAUUACACUGCAUAUGGUUUGA